AAAUAACUAUCGCAGCCUCACCACCCCUAAGGCACCCCCGCAUACCCCCCCAAUCCCUCCGAUCCCAGCCCAAGGAGAAUCCGCCGCAGCACCCCUGUCUGUCUUGCGCCGCCCAUGCACCACCAACGGUCCCAGCAGCACUUCACCAUAAUCCUCGAACCUCCUCCUCCUGCCUCUCCUCGACUCGACCUCAAAUGUCGCCCUAGGUCACCUACCAACAUCACAUCCCUCGCGAUGGACAUCUCGCAAACCUCGCCCGCCGGCCCGCGAUGGUCGCUCGGCGCGACGCGCUCGGGGAUUGCUGAGAGAUUUGAGGCUGUAAAGAGGCUCCCUACGCUGCUUUGGGGACAUACGUCGCGGCGCAUUCGUGCGCUCGUUGCGAUGUCUGUUUUUGUCCUCAUAACCCUAUCACUCUACCGCCCCUCCCCCCCCGACCUCCCCAAAGUCAGCCUCACCUACCCCCCCAACCCCGCCUUCUCCGCCCCCUCCCCCACCGGCUCCUCCCCCUUCAACGCCUCUCGAGUCGGCCUCCUCAUCGAAAACCGCCCAAACCCCAUCCUCGCACCCCUCAUGCUCCAUUUCAUGACCGUCGUCCCCCCCGAAUGGCGCUUCCGCUUCAUGGGCUCCGCCGAGUCCGUCGCCUCGAUAAACCAAUCCCACGCCAUCCGCGAGCAGGUCCGCAUCGGGAAGCUGGAUUUGACACUCAUACCUUCGAACAUGACGACGAGUUCCCAGGAGGAGAUCUCGGUUUUCUUGACGACGUUGUGGGUGUAUGAGACGUUGCUGAGGCCGGCGGAGCAUUUGUUGGUGUUUCAGACGGAUAGUAUGCUCUGCGCCAAUGCGAGGCAAUCUAUCAAUGAGUGGCUCGAGUUUGAUUGGGUUGGUGCGCCGUGGCAUCCUGAUGGGAAGUGGGGGGGGAAUGGAGGGCUGUCACUCAGGCGCGUAGCUCCCAUCAUUGAGAUACUAAAACACCAAGUCCGCGGCCACGAAGGCGGUCCGGAAGACGUCUGGCUCAGCGAGCGCCUCUCCGACCGUCCGGGCGCCAAGAUGGCAAACGGCUCGCUGAGUCUCACAUUCAGCGGAGAAAUGCAUUCCGGCGGCCCCGAACACGUGCGUCCCUCUGGCCUAAAGAUCCCGGAAGAGGACAGGGAAAAACGCCCCGCCGGCGGGGGAAUCGACAGCGACGCCACCGCCGCAGAAAGCCAAGACGUAGAUUGGUGGCGCGAGGGCUUCUACGAGCCUAUGGGCUAUCAUACGGGUGAUAAUGGACAUACGCUCCACACCCAGAUCUGGGGGACGGUGGAGAUGAGGAGGCAUAUUUGGGAUUAUUGCCCGGAGGUGAAGAUGAUUUUCGAGAUGGAUGCGGCGGAGUAUGUGCCGGGGACUUGUCAUGCGAAUUGGAGGAGGGGGUUGGAUACGGGGUUGUUGGGGGAGAGGGGGGAGGGAGGGGAGGGGGAAGGGGGGUGGAUGGAGGGGAUGAGUAGGGCGGGGGUGGGGGAGGAGGGGUUGAAGAGGAGGUGGGACCCCGAGGAUGUGGAUGAGGAGGGGUAUCCUUAUUUACCGCUGAACCUUGUGCCGUGGUGAACACCAUUUCCUCACCACGUCACCAUCGUCACCAUCUCCAACCACCUACCAUACAUAUACCAUCCAUCAUCCACCAAUCUCACCACCUCACCACCUCACACCCACCCUGCUCCCAAAAAACGGGGAAGCAACAACGAAAAAGACCGUUGUCACCCCCCCCACGGCGUUCCAAGCGACGACGACGGCGUUUUAUAUCUUUUGUCAAAACGAAAGACCGACCCCCUUUUCUGUGUUUAUUUAACCUUGUACAUCUAUCUACGCACCUAGAUUAUUUGCCCCAUCUAUGCGUCUGUAACGCUCUAUAUCCAUCCCCCCAGCUGAAUGCUGCUGGGUAGCUAGCGAAAGUUAUGAAAUGAAAUUAUAUGUUUGUUG